CAGUCAAGUGAAUCACUAAUAUGCGCUGCUUGGGGAUUUUUUUCCAGAGCUGUAACCAGGCAACGGGGCGAACACAGGGCACCUCGAAAAUAGUGUAAAUGGAUGAAUGAGCAUCUAAGGUAUAUUUGUUUUCCUUGGCCAGGAUGGACUGCAUGCAGUAAGAGAGUAGAUGUGAACACUGCUCAUGUUCUCACUGGCGUUUGGAGAUAAAGAGGAGUGAAGGCACCGUCGCACGCGCUGCUGUCUGGCCUUCUUAAUCUGAUUGUAGUGCUGGAGGAGAUUUUUUUUUAAUUAUUAUUAAUAUAAUUAAGGGUUUUUUUCUCGCUGAGAUAUAUAUAUAUAUAUGUAUAUAUAGAGAGAGAUCUAUAUAGAGAGAUUGUGUGCUGGCUGUGUGCAUAUGAGCAUGCACAUUGCGAAAGAGAGCUUGCUUUCUCUCGCCAUCAUGCCCUCACACGUCUGUAAGGAUUAGCGGUGAAGAUUAAAAAAAAAGCCACUUGGAGUUUGCGGUGCUUUGCGUGGCAUGUCGGAGUGAAAGACACAGCAACGGACAGCCGACAGACUACACCACCCAGCUGCUUCCAGCUCUCAGUCUGUCAAAAUGGGAGAGCAGCCCAUCUUCAGCACCAGAGCCCACGUCUUCCAGAUCGACCCCAACACCAAAAAGAACUGGGUCCCCACCAGCAAGCACGCCGUCACCGUGUCCUACUUCUACGACAGCACUCGCAACGUCUAUCGCAUCAUCAGCCUGGACGGAUCUAAGGCCAUCAUCAACAGCACCAUCACCCCCAACAUGACGUUCACUAAGACCUCGCAGAAAUUCGGCCAGUGGGCGGACAGCAGGGCCAACACCGUCUACGGCCUCGGCUUCUCAUCCGAGAGCCACCUGAGCAAAUUUGCGGAAAAAUUUGCAGAGUUUAAGGAAGCUGCACGGUUAGCAAAGGAGAAAUCUCAGGAGAAGAUGGAGCUGACUAGCACACCUUCACAGCGCAAACUGGCUUUGGCAUCUUCAAAGCACAAACGGGACUUGACUGUGGCUGCUAAAAAGGAAUCAGCUACAGGUGACCUGCAGUCACCUUUGACCCCUGAGAGCAUCAACGGGACAGACGAUGAACGGAUCGCACCUGACGUCUCUCAGAACUCGGAGCCUCGAGCCGAGACCAACGCAGUGCCCUUCCCACACAGCAGCUCGACUAACAUCAAUAAGCACUGGGAGGCCGAGCUGGCGGCGCUGAAGGGCAACAACGCCAAGCUAACGGCAGCCCUGCUCGAGUCUACAGCCAAUGUUAAACAGUGGAAACAACAGCUGGCUGCUUAUCAAGAGGAGGCAGAGAGACUGCACAAAAGGGUGACAGAACUGGAGUGUGUCAGUGGGCAGACGACAGGAAUCAAAAACCAGAAAACAGAACUGAACCAGACGAUAGAGGAGCUGGAGGCAGCGCUGAAGGCCAAGGAGGAGGAGCUGGAACGACUGAAAGCAGAAGUUGAGAAAGCCAACGAGUUGCAGACACAGAAAGACACAGUCACCCAGAAACUACAGGAAACGGAGACACGGACAGCAGAACUGGAAGCUCAGCUAGCCGAGCUGGAGCAGCGUGUGGAAAGCAAUCACACCGAACAGGAGACUUUUCGCAAAAGCCUGCGCUCGCUUCUGGAGCUGCUCGACAGCAAGAUCUUCGAGCUGACCGAGCUGAGAGACAGCCUGGCCAAACUGAUCGACGGAGGAAGCAGCUAGAGUCUGCAGGAGCACACUGCCCUCUGGUGGAGAGAACACACACACACACACACACACACACACACACACACACACACACACACACACACACACACUUUCUCUCUCUCUCUCUCUCUCUCUCUCACACACACACACACACUCUCUCUCUCACACACACACACACACACACUCUCUCUCUCUCCCUUUGUCUCUCUUUCUCACACACACACACACACACACACACACAUUCUUGCCAGCACAGCAAACUUCAUUAAACAUGCAUGCAAACAGACAGAUGGAUUAAAAAUGUUCUCACACAGGUGCACUUCCACAAACUGGUGCCUGCACACACACACACACACACACACACACACACACACACACACACACACACAUACAUACACACACUACACUUUAUGGGCCUAACUGGGGUUUCAACCUGCCUUUUUGGAAUUUCUGAUUUUUAUGAACUUUACGCAUAGAAAAAGGGCAUCUCGGAUGUUUUUGUACCAUUGCAUCGGGAGCUUUUCAUACGGAGACGGCUGUCAGUGUGUCUCAGUGAUACGUCUAGGCGAAUGGAGUGUUUAUAGCUUGCUGAAAGGCUUUAAUUUUUUUCAGAUUUAAAUUACAGGUCGUCUGUAUUUUAUCGGCAGUUUUAUGUUUUUUGCUUUUAUGUAAUCAGUCACAUGACUAGAGCCAUUCAUUAUAAAGAUGCAUCUGAGAAUGAAGAGCAUCAAAUCCAACAAAAUCAAAACAAAAGCAAAAUAUGUUAUAAAUACAAGCGACCAUGUUUGGUGCAUAUUAUCAUGUCUAUUACUGAUAUUUUGAUGAGUUCGUAUUGUCACUUGUAUAUCGUCCUUACAGUUGGCAACAGUGGGAUGACCAAGGAUGGGGAAAAAAGGGAAAAGUGAUAAAAUAUAGUUAAGAAGUAGUGAGUCAAAAUUAUACUUGACAAUUUGAAAGUUAGAAAGUGACCACAAUUAGAAUAAAUUCCAAGUUUAAAAUAUAUAUUUUCACAAUUUUUUUUAACCAAUAUUUGGAAAAGCAUAUUGUUAGCUCCACAGAACUGUCCAAGGCAGCGGCGGCUUGUCCAUAGGGGCAGGUGGGGCAGAGACGCACCAUAUAUAUCAGCCUUUUAAUGAAUGUUAAUCUUCAUAAAGUCAUCAUUCACAACUCCAUACACUUUAAAUUCUGUUGAAAUAUGAAUUACCUCUUUGAGUAACCAAUGAUUUUAAAAACUGCUGCUUGACAGAUAUCUAAUCAUUCUAAUCAAUUUCUGCAAAGUGUAAGUGCAGACAGUGUGACUAUGAUGUACAGAACUGAAAAGACUGGGAGAAGAAAAGGAUUAUUCGAGAACAAUCAAAUGUGUCUCCCUUUUCCAGUGUCUGAAAUUUUUGUGCUAGUUUCAGGUUUUUUGGGAUGUGUUUGGGGUGGCAGUUUUGCAAAGGUACAUCUCUAAAAACGAGCUGCUAGACUGUGUGCUAGAUGACUAUGUUAUCGACUCUCCAUUGCCAUAACUUAUGGGAUUACUCUAAAAAAUCACUAGAUAGAAGCCAGUAGCAUAAGUCAAGUGUUGUAGUUUUUUGACUUUAUUUUGAUGUCGUCCUGCCUCACCAAACCCUAUAGUCACGAGCUGCUGCUGGUCCAUGGAGUAAAACGUAGGUGAUGUAUUCGCACACCUGGGAAAUGAUCACAGCCAGAUGUUACGGCAUUAUGACUGCUACGAGAUGGUUAGCAUGACCAAGAUGAUUAAAAAAUCUUCAUAGACAGACACUCAGUGCUUUUCUACUAAAACAGAAAGCUGUUUCCUGGAGUUUUUUUUUUUUUUUUCUCCCAGCAUCCCGGCCCACACCAGACACUACACUGUAUGUUUCUGUAUGAAUAUCCUGUGCAGUCAGGUUUUGCUUUAACUCUAAAGUGUACUACUGAUUCACCGGUUAUUUGCUGUAAUGAAGAUUUCUGAGGCUCCCGUCAGAGGUCAUGCUGCUUCGCUCCACCACAACUGGAUUUUUUUCGGGGACCUUUGGAGAGACGAGAGACGAUGUGAGGAUUGUGGAUUAUGAUUACGCAACCAGGACAUGAACGAGUCGACGAAUUUCUGCCUUGGUGUCUUUUUUUUUUUUUUUUAAUGAAACUACCACCAUCAGCAAAGGGGAUUCUGGAGGUUGAAUAUUCCAGGUCCUUAUUUAUCUUGUCAAGUCCCCGCUUUGUGGUAUGGCCAGAAUCUGACGAGUCGACACGUCAUGUUUGUGGAUUUAACCCGAGCAAAGAAACCAUCCUUCCACUAUCAGAGCAAUACAAAAGGAAAAAACCCACAAACGUCUCACUUUCAGGUAUUUACUUCCCUCUUGUUCGAAUGAGACGUUAUGAUAUACACACACACACACACACACACACACACAAAUGAAACACACACACACACAAAUGAAACACUUUGCAGUGACUAUGAGGCAGUCUUUCAUUUCUACACUUUUUUCUAAUAUAUAAAUAUUACUAAUUUAUAGUGCACUUGUGCAAUUGUGUAAACUGACUUGGGUGAACUUUUAUUAUUAUUAUUAUUAUUAUUAUUAUUAUUAUUAUUAAUUUAUUUAUUUAUUUAUUUUGCAAUGAUAGACUUGAAUUGAUUGAAUUGUUUUGACCUUAUGAGUUUGGAUUAUUUUAUUAUAUUCAGAAAUAUAUUCUUAGAUGUUACAUUAAUUUUAAAAAGAGGUUUUAUUUUUGUUGACCUUUUGUGAAUUUUGUUUUCUUUUCUAUUGUUUGUGGCAAAAGCAUAUUAUGGCUGUCAUUUUAUUAUGUGGAAAUAAAAACUGGCAAUAUUUUUAAGCUAUUUAAGUAAUUAAAAGGUAAAUGAUACCACAGUCACCUGUUCCAAGCAGGUGUUUCUUUGGAGAAAGUUUUCCUUUUUCUUUUCUUUCUUUCUUUUUCUUUUUUGUGCCAAUCUAUGUUUUCCUGUACAGAUGAACUUACUCCAGUUGCCUUUGGUAUGAAAAAUGCAUCAUCGGUAGCUAAAGGUACUUUGGUGGACUUUACUUUUGCCAAAAAUCUGUGAUCAUGUACAGUAUAAGGACCGUUUCAUUGACAGUAAGCGUAAACCUGAAAAACACACUUAAAGGGCUUGUAUUUUAUGGGAGGCUUCAGCCAGGGACGUGGGUUGGAUUAUUAUUAUUAUUAUGAUUAUUAUUAUUAUUAUUAUUAUUAUUAUUAUUUUGAGCUGUUGAUAAUGAAUUAUUCUUUGGAAGGGGGUUGAAUAAUAAUUUUAGAUGUUGAUUACACCACAUGCUUAAACACAAUUGUAACUGAGGUAUUUAUAGUAAAAUAAAAUAAUAAAAAAUAUAUUCAC